GGUCAGGAUUGAUCCGGGGCGGGUCACAACGAGUGUAUGAAUGUCAAACGGGUUCGAAGAGAAUUUGCUCCUGUAGAGGCUCACUUUUGUUGUGAGAAGAAAAUGGCAGCUCAAGAGGAAGUAAAACAACUGUCUGAGUGCUCAGUCUCCAAUGCCCUAGGGACAUGGGUUUUCUCUGUUGCUGGUGCAUUGCUUGCAAUUCCAGUGGGUAUAAAACGGAAAUCUUUGGCACCCCUCGUAUUCUUUGGCACAACUGGUACGAUGCUAGAUAUAAUUAUGGGUAUCAGUGCUUGUGAAAGAGAACAUGCAGAACGGCAAAUGAAGCUAUUGGAAGAAGCACAAGGAUCUGCAACUGUUGAUACUUUGGCUGAUGCUGCAACCGAACAUUGAUAGCAUUCAGGUUGUCUGGACUUUGGCUUAAACAGUUCAUGUAGCAUUUCGAGUACUGUUGGCUGUCAGUUUACCGUUUACCUGGCUUGUAACUUGAAUAUCGUCAUAUGCUGAAAAGAAGUCAAAUAAUGUAUGGUGUGAUUACACUUG